AAAAAAAAUAAUUUAACGUCAAACGUCAGCGUGCGUGGCCAUAAAGGUCAUAAUGGGUUAUCAGUGGUGAUAAAAUUUUAGAUAUUUGCUCAAAUAAAAACAUAUUUUUCAUUGUCAUUCAAAGGUUUCUUACUGUGUAAAAAAAUAAAAUGAGUACUAAAUUACUACAGUCUUGUUUUUAUGACGUUGGACGAAGAUUUAAUAAAUUAUCAGCAAAAAUAUUGACGGAUCACGCAAAGAAGAUACACGCUGAAAUCUACUCUAACCAUUUUUCAGUAAGAUCUUUGCACAAAACAGCAAUAAUGUCUAGCAAACUUUUAACUGGUAACCUUUGGGAUACGGACCCUGAGCUGUUCGACAUCAUCAAGAAGGAGAAGCAGAGGCAAGAAGCGGGGCUCGAGAUGAUUGCAUCGGAGAACUUCACUUCUGUUCCCGUGCUACAAUGUCUCAGCUCCUGCCUGCACAACAAGUAUUCCGAGGGCAUGCCACACCAAAGGUACUAUGGAGGCAAUGAAUUCAUAGAUGAAAUAGAAAUUCUGGCUCAGCAACGGUCUCUACAAGCAUACAGGCUAAAGCCCGAAGAAUGGGGUGUUAAUGUUCAGCCUUACUCAGGUUCACCAGCAAACUUCGCCGUGUACACGGGCGUGGUGGAGCCCCAUGGCAGGAUCAUGGGUCUGGACCUGCCCGACGGUGGACAUCUCACCCACGGUUUCUUCACCCCCACCAAGAAGAUUUCAGCUACCUCCAUCUUCUUUGAAAGCAUGCCCUAUAAGGUGGACCCAAAAACUGGCCUUAUAGACUAUGACAAGCUAGCAGAGACGGCGCGUCUAUUCAAACCGCGUCUGAUCAUCGCGGGUAUCAGCUGUUACUCUCGCUGCUUGGACUACAAGCGCUUCAGGCAGAUUGCUGAUGAAAACGGAGCAUACCUGAUGGCCGAUAUGGCGCACAUUUCUGGACUCGUUGCUGCUGGUGUCAUCCCGAGCCCAUUCGAAUAUUGUGACAUAGUGACGACAACCACGCACAAAACUCUCCGCGGUCCGCGCGCUGGCGUCAUCUUCUUCCGCAAGGGAGUGCGCUCAGUGAAGGCCAACGGUGACAAAGUGAUGUUCGACUUCGAGGGCCGCAUCAACCAAGCGGUGUUCCCUGGUCUGCAAGGCGGGCCUCACAACCAUGCCAUCGCUGCCAUCGCCACUGCCAUGAAGCAAGCUACUUCGCCUGAGUUUGUGGAAUACCAAAAACAGGUGAUCAAGAAUGCUCAACGAUUAUGCCAAGGCCUGAAGUCUCGCGGCUACGACAUCGCCACCGGUGGUACAGACGUGCAUCUAGCGUUGGUAGACAUGCGUAACGCAGGACUCACAGGUGCGAGGGCUGAACGCAUUCUCGAGUUGGUCAGCAUCGCUUGCAACAAGAACACCGUGCCGGGAGACAAGAGUGCGCUUAACCCUAGCGGAAUUAGGCUUGGUACUCCUGCCCUGACGACGAGAGGAAUGAAAGAAACCGACAUUGACGAAGUCGUGAACUAUAUUGACAAGGCGCUCAAGCUCGCACAAGAGGUCACAAAAGUGUCAGGCCCGAAAAUCGUGGACUUCAACCGAGUUAUCGAAGAGAAUUCUGAAUUCAAAACCAAAGUUGCUAAACUGAAAGAAGAAGUCGAAACCUACAGUAGCAAAUUCCCGCUGCCUGGUAUGGCAACAAUCUAAUACAAUGCUGUUUUUGACGUAAUCUUUCUCAUUUGUCUAAGAGGCCAUUCCAAUUAUGUUCCUUUUUUAACACGCUUUUAUUAAGUAAAUGUAAUCAUAAAGUGCCUUUACUGUAUUUUGAAUACGGACUUUUAUUAUAAGCAUAUUGAUAUAGCUGUUAUAAGAAUCUCUUACAUUAAAAUUGACUUAUUGAA